AUGUCGAGUGGCUUUGGAGAAUCAGUGAAAUCAGCUACUGCACCACCGAAUCCAUCAUGUUCUUCGGGUGAAAGUUCCACCAAGGAUGCCGGUGAUUUCGAAUGCAACAUUUGUUUGGACUUUCCUCUGGAUCCAGUGGUGACACUCUGUGGUCAUCUAUUCUGUUGGCGAUGUCUUUACAGGUGGUUACACCAUCGUUCUCGUCCUCAAGGAUGUCCUGUUUGCAAAGCAAUGGUGAAAGAACAGAAACUGGUUCCUCUUUAUGGAACAGGAAAACUGGUAACUGAUCCAAGAAUGAAGUCAUAUCUUGGAAUGGAGAUUCCUCCUCGUCCUUCAGGACAGAGGCCACCAACUGUUCUGGAACAGCAACUUGAGACUCAUACGUUGUCUCUGCUCUGGGAGCGAGGUCAACCUGUUGAGGAGUUUCGUGCGGCUGCAGAGCAGCGUUGCAAUGAGUAUAUAGAUGAGCGUAUCCAGGAGUAUCGCGCGGCUACAGAGCAGCAUGUCAAGGAGCAGAUAGAUCAGCAUAUCGAAGAGUAUCGCGUGUCUAUAGAGCAGCGUUUUAAUGAGUGUCUGGAUCAGCGUAUAGAAGAGUUUCGCGCGGCUUAUGGCAUCUGA